CCAAAUUGAGGAGUCUGCGGCUCGGACCUCGGCUCCCAACCUCCACAUCGCGUCCAUCCUCCGUCAUCUCCUCCCAUCCGCACUCCUCCAAUCGUCCACAAACGGGGAUUACUGAUGCCUAGUCUGUCGUUACCAAGCAUAAACGCGCUCGCGGACGCGCUGCAGCGGGUGUCGGAUACCGUGCGGAGGAAAUCGUCUGCGGUGAUGCCGUCGUCGUCAUCUGGUGGUGCUGGGUCGGAGGGGUUGUAUCCCACAAACCGGGUCGGGCAGCUCGACGCGGCGAUUUUGGACGAUGAGUUGUUUGAGAUAUUCAAGAAUCAGAUAUGGGAUGGGUCGAAGUUUAUACAUUCCGCGAUCAAAGACCACUACACGACCGAACUAUGUUUACUCCUCAAACUCGUGCUUUGGAAAUUUACAGUCUGGGACAACUCUGCGUCGUACGGACUGCUGCUGCAGAACCUGCGGCUGGCGGACGCGCGGAAUAGCAGGCUGCUCAAGAGUCCGUCGAAAGCGCAGAAGCUCGCGCUCGGGUUUGUCGUUGUGUUUGGGGAGUAUCUGUGGAGGGCGGCUGUGGGGUUUGCGGCGGGUGGGGAGGAGGAGGAGGAGGAGGAGGGGGAGGAGGAGGGGGAAGAGAGAGGAGGAAAUAUCCAGUCAAAGCUACACUCACUUCUUCAUUCCCCGCACUUCAAGAAACCACUAACCUCACUCCUCGACAAAUCCGAAUCAAUCUACACCUUCCUCGACCUGCUCAACUUCCUCACCUUUCUCUACAACGGGCGAUACCCGACUCUGCUCUUCCGGAUCUGCAGACUGCGGCUGAUCUCGUCGAGCAGGACGAUGUCGCGCAACGUGAGCUUUGAGUUCUUGAACAGACAGCUGGUGUGGGAUGAGUUUACGAGUUUUUUGAUCUUUGUGCUGCCGAUGUUGCAUUUGCCGAGGGUGAAGCGGAGGAUCGGGAGGUUGCUUAGCGGGCGGAGUUCUUCAGUGCCACCGCCGCCGACGACGGAUGAGAAGCAAGUGGAUGAGAAGAAAGCAGAGCAAGUAGUCUCAGGCCCGCUCUCUUUCCUCCCUGAGCGUACAUGCGCAAUCUGCUACCAUCAAGACUCAGCCGCGGCCUCAACGCGGCGGAUCACGGCGCUAGAAGCCGGCACGGUCGGGCUCGGGGUGAACGAGAUUACGAAUCCGUAUGCGGCGGAAGAGUGCGGACAUGUGUAUUGCUAUGUGUGUUUGGUGACGCAGAUCGAGGAGCAGGAGGGGGAGGGGUGGGAGUGUUUGAGGUGUCGGGCGAUGGUUAGGAGGGCGGUGCCGUGGGUUGAUGUCGAGAAGGGGGAGGGAGAGGAGGUAGAGGGGGGUGAAGAGGAUGGUGAAGAUGAAGAGUAUGAUCAUUUAGAGUCAGAGCAAUCUGAGGAGGAAGACGGCGAAGAAGAGCAUGACGAGGAAAGUGAGCAGAGCUUUGGCGGCCGUUUCCAGUUCAUCGAGCAGAACGAGUGAUGUAUAUAGAAUCUAAAUGGCAGGAUAAAGAUGUAUAAAAUUGAAAGAAG